UGGAUCCACAUGGUGCCUGCUGGUGCUGCGAGGAUAAGGGAGCGAGACCCCUGGUCAGUUCUGCCGUCAAUACCACCACCAUGGCCGUGCCAUGUUCGGGUCAUCCUUGCUAUUGUCCAGACUGUGGACACCAGAAAAAAAGAAGUCAAGCUACCAUUUCAUCAACCAGUGAGGCAUUUGGGAUUCCCAAACUGCCACCCACCCCCAACAACCUUGCCCCCACCAAUCCUGGCCACUAGGAACCCCUUCCCGGAACCCUGGCUGGCUGAUGUCACAGACAGAUGACCUCACUGCGGCCGAGGAUCUCUGUGACAUGGGGGAGGGGAAAGGAUGUUUCUCCGUCACCCCAACCCCCCAUGUCUGUGGUGAAGUCGAUCGAAUUAGUGCUGCCCAAGGAUGCAGUCUACCUGGCCGGCUGCAUCAUCGAAGGACAGGUGGUCCUAACUCUGAACAGCACCCUGGUGGACCCCAUCGUGAAGGUGGAGCUCGUGGGAAGAGGUUACGUGGAGUGGAAUGAAGAAACUGGGGCGUCCCGCGAUUAUAGCCGAGAAGUUAUUUGCAACAACAAGGCUGACUACGUGCACAAGACAAAGACAUUCCCAGUGGAGGAUAAUUGGUUAAGUGCAGGCAGCCACACCUUUGACUUCCAUUUCAACUUACCUCCCAGGCUCCCUUCCACCUUCACCAGCAAAAUCGGCAACAUCUUUUACUUCGUGCAGGCCUCCUGCAUGGGUCGGGAGCACAUUCUAGCCAAGAAGAAAAUAUACUUGAUGGUUCAAGGCACUUCCUCGAUUUUCCACACAGAAAAAUCAUUGCAGAACCCUCUGUUCGUGGAGGCUGAGAAGAAGGUGUCUUACAACUGCUGCAGCCAGGGCACCAUCUGCCUGCAGAUCCAGAUGGAAAAGAAUACCUUCACGCCGGGGGAGAGGGUCAUUUUCACCACUGAAAUCAACAACCAGACCAGCAAGUGCAUUAAGACGGUCAUCUUCGCCCUCUAUGCCCACGUGCACUACGAGGGCUUCACGCCAAACGCGGAGCGCCGCUCCAGGGUGGAUAGCAGUGAGCUGCUCAGGCAGGAGGCCAACACCCACAUCACGGCCUUCAACACCACCAAGAUCGUCAGCACUUUCCACCUCCCACCCGUGCUGUCCGUGAGCGGUAGCGGCUCACAGGACAGCGAGAUCAUGAACACCCAGUACGAGCUGGUCAGCACCGUCCACCUGCCCUGGACCCUGACCAGCGUCAAGGCCAAGGUGCCCAUCAUUAUCACCAGCAACCCCGUGGACUCAAACCAGACCACUGAGGGCUGCCGGACCAGGGCGGCAUUACCCGUGAGCCCAGAUCGACAGAAUUAAAUGCCCAAACGUCUAAAUAUUAAAAGUUUUAUCAGACUCUAAGGUAGAUCUUUCCUUCACCUCGCACAAAUGGCCUUUGGAUGAGUCUGCCUGUGGGCAGCAUGUGACCCAAACCUCACCAAGCUCCAGCCGUGCAGGCAUCCGCUUCUCCCAUCCCAAGAAAGAUCUGUAAAUGACAGGAGAGGCCAAAGCCUUCCAGCCUGACAAAACCUUCCAGGACUUGCCCCGGUUAGCACCCCAGGCCCACCUCCUUGCUUACUCUUACACUACCUAGAUGAGGGAUCCCCCACUGGGAGUGACUCUGCCCUCCAGAGGAUAUUGGCAAAGUCGGGUUGUAUUGGUUGUCCCGACAGGAAGGAGCAGCGUGUGCUCCUGGCAUCCAUUGGGUGGGGGCCAGGGAUGCUGCUCCACAGUGCCCAGGACAGCCCCCCAUGAAGGAUGUGUGCAGUCACUCAGUCGUGUCCAACUCUUUGCAAUCCCAUGAACUGUAGCCCGCCAGGCUCCU